UUCCCUUCCUUCUUCCAUUUCCCCUGUUUUCUUCUUCACUCUGUUCUCCACUGCUCUGCCAUGGCGUCCUCCGAUAACUUCCCGACCGUCCUCGAUCCAUGGCCGUUCCGCUCCACCUUUCAGGACCCAUGGAAUUCCGAUCCCUUUUCAAGAGAAACCCAAACUCUGGCCAAAGCCCUCCACACUUCCCUUCUCCCCUCCGAUUCACAGUCCUUCUCUUCCUUUCUCCACCUCAUCUCCCCUGAAUCCGCUGAUCCCACUCCCACUGUUUCCGCCGCUUCCGACCCGGACUCCGCCGCUCCCAACCGGCAGACGACGACGACUUCUUCAAUUCCACCUACUCGAGGCAAGAUUUCCAAGCGGAAGUCUAGAGCCUCCAAGAAGAAUCACACCACGUUUAUCACGGCGGACCCGGCUAAUUUCCGUCAAAUGGUUCAGCAAGUCACCGGCGUUCGAUUUGGUAACUCCCAACUCUUGGUUCCCCCUGUUUUGAAGCCGGAGCCGCAGAGACCAACUGUCAAUUUCGCCGUCUGCGGCGGUUCUGGUGCUGGACUCCCGACGCUCGACACGUCUGCCUUUCUACUCAACCACCACCACCACCACCACCAUCAACAGCAGAGCUCCGGGAGCGGAUCUGAUAUAACUGGGCUGGGCCCACUCUCUUUUGGGCCGGAUUUAGGGUUGCCGAAUAAUGACCCAAUCGGGUCGGAUUUUGAUACAUUUUCGUCUUUUCCCACUCUCGAGUCGUGGAAGGCGGUUAUCUGAUGAUGAAUGGAUAAUUUAUUUUCUUUUUUUUUUUCUUUUUGGAAAUUAAUAUUUAGUUUUUUUUUUUGGAAAUUACUGUAAUUUAAUGUAAUGGUAAAAUAGUAUAAAUUAUUAACGCCUAUUUCUCAUUAAAA